CUCUCAUCCUUUUCGCUCCUCUCGCCCAUCUCCGUGUUCGUUCCCUAAAUUUUAGGGUUUGAUCGAAAUCCUAGGGUUUCUCCGAUCGAAUGGUAUCCCUCUCGAUUUCGACCGUUCGAUCGCCAAAAUUUAAAUUCGGAGCCCUCUUAUUCCAAAUUUAGUCGGGAAUUUGGCGAUUUCGUGAUGGGCGAAAACCCCGCCCAUGGCCCUUCCGACGCGAAGCCCUACCCGCCCCGCCGCGCGCCCGAGCCGCGCGCGGCGGUGCCCCUCCUGCCGCCGCAGAUCGACGACGUGCGCGGCGGCGGGGACGCGCACAUGGUCGCGGGCGGCGCCGCGGCCGAGGCCCACCCGAUGCAGCGGUACGAGCACCACAAUGGCGGGGGAGAUGGGGGCGGGAUGGAGGAGGACGAGGAGGAGGACCACGACGGGGCCAUGGAGGCCGUGGCGAUGGACGCCGACGCGGUGCACGACUCGCAUGUGAUGGUGGCGCCUACCAUGGGCAACAACCAGCUGACCCUCUCCUUCCAGGGCGAGGCCUACGUUUUCGACUCCGUUUCCCCCGAAAAGGUGCAAGCAGUGCUUUUGUUGCUUGGAGGGCGGGAGAUUACUCCGGGAAUGGGUUCGGUUCCAUCCUCUUCGAACCCUUAUAACAGGCGUGUUAAUUUUCCACACAGAGUGGCUUCACUGAUGAGAUUCCGUGAGAAGAGGAAAGAAAGGAACUUUGACAAGAAGAUAAGAUACACUGUAAGGAAGGAGGUUGCUCUCAGAAUGCAGCGUAAUAGAGGUCAGUUUACAUCAUCUAAAUCCAAGCCUGAAGAUUCAACAUCCAUUGCUAGUUCGGAUAGUUCGAUGCGGUGGGGUUUAGUGGAAGGUCGACCGCCGUCUGCUUCUGAAUGCCAUCAUUGCCAUAUUAGUGCAAAGGCUACUCCAAUGAUGCGUCGAGGACCUGAUGGACCAAGGACCUUGUGCAAUGCUUGUGGAUUAAUGUGGGCAAAUAAGGGUACAAUGAGGGAUCUCUCAAAAAGCCCGCCUGUUCCACUCCAGACUUUGCCGCCAGAACCAGUGGAUGGGACUGGAACUGCUGCUGCAGCAGCUGUGGGUGAGCAACAAUCAGCUGCCAUCACUGCUAACGGUCAUGAUUCAUCGUCGUGAGCGGAAGUACUGCGUGGCGAUAGAUAUUAGUUAGAGCAAUCGCGGCCUCAAGGAGAACUGAAGAUCUAUUCUAUACAUGCCUACAUGCCUGUACUAUUGUUAGUUGGUAGAGAAUUUGAUACAAGAUAUUUAUAGGUACUUUCUUCUUUCUCCUGGUGAGAUGAUGGGCUAAGGUGAUGCUAAUUAUGCUAUAUUGAUUACAUCCGCGGUGUGUGGUUUUCUUGGUUGUAUCAAUCUUUGUUCACAAGAUUUGGUAGCGUCGAUGUGUGCGCAGGAGUAGCCUAACUACUUGAUCAGACUUGGUAAUAUCGUAAUCUCUAGUUGAGAAACUAUUUUCUUUUUUGGGUUAUUAGUGCACAUGGUGAUUAUGUAAAUAAUAAUUGCUUAAAUGUUUCUUGUAACUCUGCUCUUUGUUUGCAUUUUUGUUUUAACUCUUGGAAGAAUCUGGAAUUGUACCUGUGCU